AUGCUUUGCAUCACGCAGCCACAAAUUAUACAAGCCAUUCAUCGGGAAUAUUUAGAUGCCGGAGCAGAUAUUAUUGAAACCAAUACCUUCAAUGCACAAAGGGUGUCGCUUGCCGAUUAUGACAUGCAAGAUUAUGCCGACCAAAUGAAUCGUGCAGCCGUAAAGGUGGCUCGUGCGGCUAUUGACGAGUACAAAAAGGAACAUCCCGAUGCACAAAAGUUUGUGGCAGGAGCUAUUGGUCCUAUGAACAAAACCUUGUCUCUUUCGCCUGAUGUCAAUAACCCAGGUUACCGUGCAAUAACCUUUGACGAGGUUGCAGAUGCUUAUUAUGAACAAAUCAAAGCCUUGGAUGAGAGUGGUGCAGAUAUUCUUUUGGUGGAAACCAUUUUCGACACCCUCAAUGCCAAAGCAGCCGUGUAUGCUAUUGAAAAGUAUUACAACGAUACGCAAAAAGAAAAACUACCUGUGAUGAUUUCGGGUACCAUUACGGAUGCUUCGGGACGCACUUUGAGUGGGCAAACUUUAGAGGCGUUUUAUGUAUCCAUGAUGCAUGCCAACCCGAUUAGCAUUGGGUUGAACUGCGCACUAGGGGCGGAGCAAAUGCGCCCACACGUAGAAGAAUUAGCCAAUCUUGCUGCUUGUAAUGUAAGUGCUUAUCCAAAUGCGGGCUUGCCCAAUGCUAUGGGCGAAUAUGACGAAAGUCCUGAGCAAACCGCUGCCAUCGUGGGUUCUUUUGCACAAAAUGGAUGGGUGAAUUUGGUGGGUGGAUGUUGUGGUACUACUCCGCCACAUAUUGCAGCCAUCGCCAAAGAAAUGAGUAAGUACAAAGCUAGAGUUUUGCCAGAGCUAGUACUUGUAUAA